UGCUGCUGCUUGUCCGCUUGUGUAUCCAAGCUUUUGGUGAUUGCGUACGUCAGGACUAACUAUCGGCCGACUGACACUCGGGCCGAAUCGCAGCCGCCACCGUCUGAAAGUGGGCGAAUUUGGCGUCGAUCGGCAGCAGUUAUUCGUAUAGGGCGGCGCCACCGGCGCUCCUCAGUGUCCCAGUGUUGACCCGAGUGCUUCGAGUGACCCGCCUGUGCCCUUUUGCCCAGCAACUUUCCGCCCUGCCCGGCACGGCUGGAAAGUAUACAACACACUCGCAGUUCGUGCCCCCCUGUAUUUUUGUGCAGUUCCCAGUUCGAGACCCGACAACCACCUGCCCGUCAAGAUCAUACUCGCUGCAGCCAGAGAAGACGGGAUAGUUUGGCGGACAACACAAAACAUGAACACAGGCGCUCCUCGCAACUGCGAUGCCAGUGACGAUUGUUGCUAACGGGCCUGCCAGCGACUCGGUGAAUGGUGAUUGGAUCUCUGACAAGGUGCAUGUGAAUGGAAGUUUUAAUGGCAUUGGCGACGAUAGAUUGUCCACGUCAUCCGCAGACACAGCAGCACAAAUAAUCACAAACAUGUCCAGUAGCCAACUAGUCGACUCUUGCCUGCUGGUGAACCGGCGAGUGGAGCAGCGGCAGGAGCACAGCAGCAUCACUCGCACAGAAAUCACCCAAAGGAGAGUUUUGCAAGAAAAAGGGUCGGAUAUGCCUCAGUAUGCUGGUCAGCCAGAAAUGCAGCAGUCAAGCUCGUACUCAGUAGACGUGGCCUUCCACUCGGGCACUAACGGCCACCCUGAUGGCCACUCCCCCAACUCGUCGCACCUCUCCGUGCACAGUGGGGAGGCAACCCUUGUUUCACGGACGCAGAAACAACAAACCACCCAGCAGGUGACGACUGUAACCAAAGUGGUGCGCGAGGUGCACCACGUCGGACCCGACGGCCAGCCCGUGGAAUAUGUUUCGUACCCUGCAGGAGCCGGCGCCGCGCCUGGCGCCUACCCCGCCGCUGCAUUUGGCAACUAUGAGCAUUUGCCUGGGCAGGAACCUUAUGCGGCACAAGAUCCAGGAGGUCUGAGGUACCCAGACACAUAUGCAAGCUACCAAAAUUACGACCACUACCCACCGCCAACGCGGCCCGACUACCCCUACACAAACGCAGCGGCCGCUUAUGGAACGGUGCCGGCGGCCUACCCUGCCUACGGCGAGGGAGUUGCAGCCGGUUACGGAGACCGACCGCCAACGCCGCCCAGCCCUAGCGAGCGCAGCGAGUCGCCGCCUCAGCAGCAAGCUCUUGCCCACGAUUACCUACGGAAAGGAGCUCCGUACCCUCCCUCUGGCUAUGAUGAGCUGGACAACACCCUCUUGGCCCCCAGGGGUCCAGAACACUACAGAAUUACCCCUUCCCCUGGAGGUGCUGCCGGACAAUAUGGUCACUUGACUCACCCCUGGAACAUUGAUGACGCUGGAGACCCUGCACAAAUCCCUCACGACGAUAGCAAGAUAGUUUACGGUUAUGCACCCUCUUACGGCCACGCGCCCUACGGGGGCAGCAACGGAGGUGGAAACGAUGACGUGCCCCAUUACGAGGACGAGGGCGAGCCGCCCGACCACCCGUACCCCUUGCAGAAUUUCAAUAGCUUGUCUCUAGAUGAUGAUCACAAAGGCAUGAGAUGGCGAGAUCCAAACUUGACGGAGGUCAUUGGGUUCUUGAACAACCCGAACAACAUCAUCAAAGCAAACGCAGCCGCCUAUCUGCAGCACCUCUGCUACAUGGACGAUCCCAACAAGCAGAAGACCAGAGCCCUUGGAGGAAUUCCUCCACUUGUCAAACUGCUCGCCAAUGAAAGUCCGGAUGUCUACAGAAAUGCUUGUGGAGCCCUGAGGAAUUUGUCGUACGGACGUCAAAACGAUGAGAACAAACGCGCCAUUAAGAAUGCUGGUGGUGUCCCUCACUUGAUGAAUCUUCUGAGGAAGGCGCCGGACAUUGAAUGCAAAGAAUUAGUGACUGGCGUUCUUUGGAACUUGUCCUCCUGCGAGGACCUCAAGAGGAACAUCAUCGACGACGGUCUAGUUGCGAUCGUCAAUCACAUCAUCAUUCCUCACUCUGGCUGGGACCCAACCUCUCCGGGAGAAACCUGCUGGUCCAACGUCUUUAGAAACGCGUCGGGCGUGUUAAGAAAUGUGAGCUCGGCUGGUGAAUAUGCGCGAAAGAAGCUGCGGGAGAACGAGGGCCUGGUCGACUCUCUCCUCUACGUGGUCAAGUCAGCAAUCGACAAGUCCAACAUUGGCAACAAGAGUGUGGAGAACUGCGUGUGCAUCUUGCGGAACUUGUCGUACAGGUGUCAGGAGGUGGAAGACCCCAAUUACGACAAGCAUCCCGUGCCGACGCAGAGCAGGGCUGGCGUCCAGCCCAAAGGUGAUAAUCUUGGCUGCUUUGGUGCCAACAAGAAAAAGAAGGAAGCUCAGCCGGCGCAGCAAAAAGAAGCAGCGGCCACCACUAGUCGAACCCAACGGACUGAACCUGUCAAGGGAAUGGAGCUUCUUUGGCAGCCUGAGGUUGUCCAACUUUAUCUAUCGCUGCUGCAGAGCUGCUCGAAUCCUGAAACCCUAGAGGCAGCCGCAGGGGCUGUUCAAAACUUGGCCGCUUGUUACUGGCAGCCAAGUAUUGAAAUUAGAGCAGCUGUUCGAAAAGAGAAGGGUCUGCCCAUAUUGGUCGAGCUGCUUAGAAUGGAGGUGGACAGGGUGGUGUGCGCUGUGGCCACCGCCCUCCGAAAUUUGGCCAUAGACCAGAGAAACAAGGAGCUGAUUGGAAAAUAUGCAAUGAGGGACCUCGUUCAAAAAUUGCCGUCUGGCAACGCUCAACAUGAUCAAGGAACCUCCGAUGACACGAUAGCAGCCGUCUUAGCCACUCUGAAUGAAGUUAUAAAAAAGAACGCAGAGUUUUCCAGGUCUCUCCUCGAAGCUGGCGGGGUGGAGCGUCUGAUGACUGUGACAAAGCAACGGCAAAGGUACACGCCAAGGGUGCUCAAGUUUGCCAGCCAGGUGCUGUUCACCAUGUGGCAGCACCAGGAGCUGCGGGAGGUGUACAAGAAGCACGGCUGCAAAGAGCAGGACUUUGUGACCAAGACGGUGGCCGCUCGAAAUGCAGCUGGCGGCCCCAACUCGCCCAACAAUGCCAACAACACUCUCAACAGGCCAAUGGCCAGCCAGGGAGGCACUCGCUACGAAGACCGCACCAUGCAGCGGCCGACGGCCAACAGCCGCAGUCCUGGACCUUCAAACUACCAAAGGGGUGACGAGAUCCCCAUGGCCGACAUGUCCUACCCAGAGGGUGGUACUCACGCCCCUCCACCUGGAGGUGUCCGCAUCUACCCCCCUCCUGCCAAACCAGGCGAGCCGUUGUACGCGCAAGUGAAUCGGGAGAAGAAGAAAAACCGGCAGUACGAGCAGCAGCAAUACCCUGACGAGCAGCUCGCCCCAGGCCCUGGGGACAUGUGGGGCUACGAGGAGCAGCCCCCAGCGGCGCCCAAGCCCACAGGCAAUGGCGCCCCUGCAGCAAUGGACCCCGAAAACGCCGGCGGAGACUCUUGGGUGUGAAUUUGAAAAAGCCUGGUGCCGGACGUUCGAACAAAAACAGUUUACUUUACACAAGAAUACUUAAUUAUACACUUCGUUGCCAAGUGAUUCCCCGAUUGAUUUGUACAAGAGAAAUUAAUAAGCAAGUGGAAAUAGUGUCCUCCUCGGUCUAUUUGCUCGCGGUUGUCACCAGAAAAUGGCAAUUUCAAAUAAAAAUCAAGAUAUAUAUAUUAAAUGAAAUUCCCAGUGACCACUGCGAGCAGUUGUUUUGAUUUGUAAAAAAGAAAAUACAGGCAGCUGAACUUUUGUACAUAGACUGCAUUAAUUAACUUGAAAAGAGGCAAACGCAGCUUGAGACUUGUAGGUCGGAAUAAAAAUCCUAAUGAUUGAUGCUCAGCCACAGCAAACAGACAGACAAACACACUCACACUGAUCAAACUGCCAACCUAGGACAGGUUAAUUAAGUAAAUUCAUAACUGUAGCUAAUUUCUGGGAUUUUUAAACAGCAACAACCGACAGCAUUUUUUGAAAAAUAUCUCAGGAUUUUUUAAGAAUGUUUAGAGCAGCUGUUUCAUCAGCUUGGUUGAUUGUAAUAUUCAUGUUAUCAAAGCAAACCACACACGCAGAACAAAAUGGUCAAAAAAAUUUGCGUAUGUUGUUUAUCGGUGUUGAUUAAUUGAAAGAAAAAUAAUAAUCGAGCAAAAGGAUCACAUUGAUUUGGCUUGAGCUAAGGAAAGGGAAAUGCAUUCCACUGACUAAUAAAUGAAAUUAUUUCAUAACUGUAUGUCUGUGUAACUGAUGGGAUUGACCGUCUGCUGCAGCUUAAUUAAUUGUGUAUUGAGGUUUCGAACAAAAUUUUAUUUUGUUGACAUUACGUGGCCAGGAUUUUUACAAUGCUUUGGCAAAUCUCAUUAUUUUUUAACAGUAUACAUCUCUCAACUAUAUUUUCUUUCUUUUCAGAUAAAUUUUGUUUAUCUGUUUCAAAUAUAUAUGAUGAUAUAUAUUUUAUUUUGGAGAUGAAGUUUCUUUAAUGGACUUUUAUUUAUUGCGGGAUGAAUGUGAUAUUUCAUUUUUAUGUACACCCAUAAAAAUUAGAGAAAAAUCGGGGAUUUUGUGUGCAAAUUUUUCGCUUGAAAUUUUUGUACUUCUUGACCUGUUUGUAUGAAAAAAAUUAAAUUGGAUCCAUGUAUGUUGCUGGACAUUGGUCGCGAAAACUUAAUGAGCACACGGAUUCUCUUAUUAUAACUAGAAUUUUUAUAUUGCAAACAUAAACGACAAAAUUUGAGCUAAUAUUAUUAUCAUCAGUGCUUGCAAUGUUAUUAAACAAUUAAAUUUGUCCUCAACCAAAACGCUGCAUAUACAUGGAAAUAUGAAAUGAUUAUAUGAAUAUAUUAUAUAUUAAAAAUCAACCAACUCUGAUUUAUUUAAAUAAAAUUACUUAUUCAGAUAACUGUCAUUUCAUCAUGUAAUUUGUAAAAUAAAAAAGAAACAAUUUU